AUAUUCAGCAGUUCGUUGCCUUAAUAAAGUAUAUUCUAAAGCAGUCAAAACAGGACCUACAUAAUGGAGGUGCUUGAAGAGGGAAACUUAAUGGACAGAGUGCCGAUUUUACUGCAGCGCGAUCUCGAGUUUUACCAGACACAUCAGCGGGUGCUCCAGGAGCCAAUUUGCUCGGGAGUUGUGGGUGGAAAGCUGGAUUUUCCACGUUACGCCUCCUUUGCGGCCAUCAAAUUAAUAAGAUGGUGGGAAGAUGAGUACUUUGCCUCGUACCGCAAGCCAUCUGGACUGCUGCACACCGAAAAGGAAAUGAAUGAAGGGGAUUUUACAAGUGUCACCGUGAAGACCUCAGAUCCGGAUAAGUUUGUGCAGCUGGUCACGAAGUCUGCUGACUUACUUUUGGAGCACAUACAUCGCCUUUCCCAGGAGUCUUUGGAUCACGCCGACCUAUCUGUCCUUACUGCCACUAUUGGAGCUGCCUCGCUGGUCAAGAACUCGUUGAGUGUCUAUAUGCAGGCAGCAACCACUACCAUAUGUCCACCCAAGGGCGAUGAAAAGGGAGGAGCGCUCAAGCUCAGUUUUAAGCAGUACUCCCAGAUGUCCGAGGCUCUGGCUGAACGACUUCUGGACCUCCAUUGCCGGCUCCUUUUACUUUAUAUUAUGCAGGAUGCCGACUGUUUGCAUUGGGAGGAUACCCAACCGUUUUUCGAGUCGGAAAGGGGCUCCUAUACCGUCCAAAUGUGGUGGCAUUACAUGAGGGGUACCCAAACCGAUCUGUGGAAUUCAGUGCCGCCGAAGAUGGCCCAAAAGAUAUUCGCCGGAAUGCUGAACGAAACGCUUAGUGUGCUUACGGUCCGAUACACUCAGAUAGUAACGAGUGUGGCGAGAUCAACGCUCCAUCUGGUGGAUAUAUGCAACAUGUUGCUCUGCAUCGCCGAGCUGUUGCCCCACAUCUGCGAGAGUGGAGAGGCCUAUGUGGGACUGCAGCUCAGUAACCAGAGCGUUAUCAUAAGGGAUAUCCACGCCAAGUGCAAGGAGCUCUUCUACUGCCUUCUCCUAAGAGGAUCGCCGUUGGGAGUGCUUUCCAAGAAUGGAGCCAGUAUGUACCAGGCCAUGUCCUUGGCCCUGACGUGUGUCUCUGAGAUCUGGGACUGCCUUCCCGAGGGGCUGUACAAAAUCGCCUCCUUGCUGCAGGAUAUCAUUCCAGUUUCGACAAGGCCGUUGGGAGAUUCUGUGCUGUUGCAGGUGGUUUUUGCGGCACUCUAUACAGAACUGAUCAAAACAGCAGAGAUGUAUGAGCAGGCCAAGGACCAGGACAAGGCCGCCAUAUGUUACUCCAUAUCGGAGGCCAUUUGCUCCAUUGACGAAGAUGACAAGCACACUGAUCAGAUCGAGCUGUUUCUUAAACAGGCCAAGGAGAGCAUUAACUUGGACACGGAUUUCGGGGGAACUCCAGGGAGCAAUAACCGAGGAGCUGGAGGAAUGAGUGCUGUGAGUACCAUCAAAAUGGAUGACCUGGCCUUGACAAAUGCGGAGUCCGAUCGCCUGAGCCACAGUCCUCCCAAUAACUAUGCCAUGGAACUGGAUGUGGGAAUCGCAGAUUACAUAGCCGAGGUCCUGGUCAGCGAUGUUUUGACCACCAAUAUUGGAAAACAGGCCCUGAAAGUGGUAUACAACUAUUUAAAGUUUAACAAGGACUGGCUGCUCGAGCAGCUUGGAACGGGUGACAAUGAGCCGAGUCCUUUCCAAGGCAUCCAGGGUCAGAAUAUCAAGGAGGCCAAGACUUCGGUGCUGAGGUCCAUGUUCUUCAUUGGGAACACCCCCUUCGACCAGCUGCUCACGGGCUCUUUGAAAAUCGACUACGUCAGUUGGUUGCAGAUGCCGUUGUCCUUGAAUCCGGAGCGGAUCUGGCUGCAUUUAACCAGACGCUGCGAUUUCCAGGAGGAUGCCAAGCUGUCGCUGCCCGAGGUGGCCAUGGUGGCCGGGAUUACCAAGAUAAUGAAGCGGCGCAAGGAGUUUCCCAAGUGAGCGACGCGGGAAACGCCAUUAAG